AUGACCGAAAAGCAAAUAGGGUUCUUAUUCAAGGCUUCUACAGUUUUAGCGCCAGUUGCAGCUAAUAAUGUUCAUACACAAAUCUUAAGAAGUUAUUAUUUGAUGCGAUGCAAGGAAAUUACAAGAGGAUAUGGGUUGCCACAACAACAAUUUUCUAAUAAAAGCAGAUGCUCAUACUGCUGCCUAGAGUGGAACAAACAUACAGAAAUAAAAGUUAGACCCCUUAAACUCAGCAAAAGACGAAAGAGACGGAUUAAGCAGAAAAAAGAUUGUAUGAAUUUAUCACAGAGUAAUAAACUUGAACAUAUCUGCACAUUCUGUAAACACUGUAGUGAGGCACCAGUCUUAAAACUUAAGAAAGAGAAAAAAGUGAUAAAACAGGAAACACCUUCAUUGGCAACGCAAUGUAAACCUUUGAAAAAUACACCCGUGGUAACAAAAUUGCAUCAAACAGGCCAGAUAAACAAUAUGCAAUUAAAUAUAUAUAGUAAAUCAAAAGAAGUAUUUUCACUAAGUAAUAAGCACAAUAAUCUACCCAAUACUAUCAGAACUGAACCAAAAGUUAUAAAAAACAACAAAAAGCGAAAAGAUAAAUUUGCAGGACUAUGUAAGAAAGCUGUAUUAGCUUCAGCACAGUUAAAAAAGGACAAAGAAGAAACAAAUAAACUCUCCUUAUUUCUUAAACCAUCUUUAUAG